AUGGCCAAAGCCAAGGAGGAAGUUCGUUCGGCAUUUUCUUCCGACGCUGAGAUUAAUUGGGAAAGGGUCGAGAGUCGCCUACCUUUCCUCCGUGCCUGCACCGACGAGGUGAUGAGGCUAUAUCCUCAACCUGGCUGUGCGUCUCUCAGAAUAACCGGCGACAACGACAUCAUCUGCGGCAUUCCAAUUCCUCCAAAGACCGUCGUGGGAAUCUGGCCCUAUGGCGUGUACCGAGAUCCAAAUUUGUGGCACAAAGCCGACGAGUUCCAUCCCGAGAGGUGGCUUGGAGAUCCCGAGUACGCCAAUGAUGCUCGUGAGGCGUUUAAUCCUUUCCACAUUGGGAGUCGAGAUUGUAUAGGCAGAGGACUAGCAAUCAUGGAGCUUCGACUUGUCAUGGCUCGGAUGAUUUACAACUUUGACAUGCACAUGAUUGGCGCUGGCAUGAAGGAAGACCCUAGAAAUUGGGUGGACAAACAAAAGAAUCUAUUCCUUGUCUGGGCAAGGCUUCCACUUGAGGUUGUGCUAACUCCCACCACUAAGAAUUAA